CUUAAUAGCUUUUUAAACCUUGAAAUUUUUCAUGGUUUAUUUCAGUUAUUUAAUUUAUACAUCUAAAUUCUAUUUUGUAAAAUACAGGUUAAAAAAUGGCAAACUCCUCUGCCUCGAAGGCCUUCACUGCACUUUCCAGUCUCCAUCCAAGUAUGGCUAAUGUGAAAAUAAUCGGUAUAGUAAUUGGGAAAACAGACGUCAAAGGCUUUCCAGACAGAAAGAAUAUUGGAUCAGAAAGAUACACGUUCAAUUUCACCAUUCGAGACUCGCCAAGCCACUUUGUCAAUGUGACAUCCUGGGGCAAUGAAGACCACAUUAAGUCCCUCUCUGGCAGCUUCCGGGUCGGCGAGUGUGUGAUCAUUGAAAAUCCCCUGAUCCAAAGAAAAGACAUGGAGAGAGAGGAGCGAUUCAUUCCUACCACUCCGAGUGAGUGUAAACUACUGCUCAGCGAGAAUCACUCAACUCUGAAAGUUUGUCCGGAUUAUGAAGUGGACAGCAAGCUGCUUUGCUUGGUCCACUUACCUGUUAAGGAGUCACGUGAUUACUAUGCCUUGGGUGACAUUGUUGCCAAUGGACACACACUGGAUGGGAGGAUUGUUAAUGUGCUGGCCGCUGUGAGGUCGAUUGGAGAGAAAAAACACUUUACAACUUCCGAUCGAAGAAAGGGCCAGAGGUGUGAAGUCAGACUCUUCGAUGAGACAGAGUCCUCGUUCCCCCUGGCGUGUUGGGAUAAUGAGUCCAUUCUGCUUGUCCAGAGCUGGAUUCCAGGAGAAACAGUAAUAUUUGCCGCAGAUGUAAGAAUAAGUUUUGACAAAUUUAGAAACUGCAUGACAGCAACCAUCAUCUCAAAAACCAUUAUUACAACUAACCCAGAUACACCAGAAGCUAACAUUCUACUGAAAUUUAUAAAAGGAAAUAAAGAAGCAAAUGUCUUGGAUGAUGAAAUUGACAGUUAUUUGAGAGACUCCAUAAAUGUGAGUGCAGUCGUUGAUGUGUAUACGGUGGAACAGUUGAAGGCGAAGGCGUUGCAGGGUGAAGGGAAAGCCGAGCCAUUCUGUGGCCUUCUUUAUGCUUACAUUUCUACGCUCAACAUCGACGGCGAAUCUGCAAAAGUGGUGCGACACAGGUGCUCUGCCUGUGGUUACAUUGUAAAUGAGGCAUCCAACACGUGUCCAACUUGCCACAAAGAUUCUUUGGGCUGCAGGCCGCUGUUUGCCAGCUUUGACAUGCUCGUAGACCUGACUGACCACACAGGCACGCUCCAGUCCUGUGGCCUCUCGGGAAGUGUCGCUGAGGAGACCUUUGGCUGCACGGUAAAUGAGUUUCUCGCAAUGACAGAUGAACAGAAAACAUCAUUAAAGUGGAAACUUCUUUUGGAAAGAAGCAAAAUUUAUUUAAAAUGUGUCUUCUCACCCCGAGCCAGGGCUGGGCUCAGAGUCAGCAUUCUCUCCUGUGUGCCGGCAGACCCCGCCGAGGCGAGCAGGAACCUCCCUGGGCAAGGCCGUUUCUGACCUUGGGUCAUUUCAAACUUGAGAAGUGUGGGUGCCUCGCUCUCCUGGAAACAGAAGAUUAAUUUGAAAAUGAUGGGAAAAUAUAUUUUGUUUACAUGUG